CCAAUAAGCAGUUUGGAGCCGAUCUUCGUCGCAGUUGGAAGUAAGCGGAUGUGAAGAAAAGUGAAACCGAAGAAAGUCGCGCUCUGUUAUCUCGUAAAGCCCUCGGCAUCGUCGAUUUUGCAUACCCAUACUCGUUAAUCAAAACAGAGCGAGAGAGAGAGAGAGAGCGAAAGAUCGAACAAUGAUCAAUCCGCGACUGGUGCUGAUCGUCGUGAUCUUUGCGCUUAUUGGGAAAGUGGCACGCGCCCAAAUCGCGUUUGUCGAGGACCAAGACAUUGAUAAGAAGAAGGCCAACCUAGCGGGUCGCAAGCCGCUCUAUUCGCCAGCCCGAUGCCCCAAGCACCAGCUUCUCUAUCCGGGGGACCAGCAGACGCAAAACGACUGGGUCUGCGACUGCGCGCCAGCCACACUGUAUUACCCAGAGACCGAUGCCUGCUAUCCGGCCUACCGGCAGGGACCCUGUGAACCCGGCCAGAUGCUGGUGCUCUACAAGGAGCGGAUCAUCCCGGAGUGCAUCCGCAAUCCGUGCAGCAAGGACGGACACUUCAUGAUCCGCGACACCUGCUACGAGUUCGGCAACACCAAGAACGAGGGCAAUCCGUGUCCCUACAAGGAGGCCACCUUUGUGCUGGGCGUGAAUCCCAGCAACCUGAUGGUUGACUGUGUCAAGCUGUCGGUGCAACUGGAGACGCGCAUCUCGGACACGCCGGAGCAGGCUCCGCCGGAAUACUACAUCGACCUGGCCGAGAAGUGCGCCCGCGGCAGUCGCCUUUUGGCCCAGGGAAAGUGUGCCUAGAGGAUAGCAACUGGGGAUAAAUGUCAAUUUGUUAACUAUAAUGUGUGUUCUGUUUUGGUGCUGUAACUCCCAGUGAAGAAUUUCGAAUUUGCUCAAUGUUAAAACUAAGUACAAAAUGAUUUUUGGAUUACAUUUCUAUAAAGACCA